AAAAUAGAACGAAAUGUUAGUUGGAUAUCAUCUGUUAAUAUCCCAAGAUUGUCUAUAGAUCCGAGAUAAGGAAUACAGACUGUCAAGAAAUGAAAAUUUAUUGAAAACAUGAAAAGAGUAGUUAUUUUCAAAAAUGGACGUUUUGUUGACGGCAAGGUUAUAUCCGUGACACAUAGCUCUUCCAUGGAAGAUGUUUUAUCCGAUGCUAGCAAGAAAUUGGGCUUUGUCGGAAAGAAGAUAUACACUCCUCAAGGGGGACUUAUAGAUGAAGUAUCACUUCUAAGGGACGACGAUGUGGUUUAUGUCUCGGGAGGCGAAGCUUUUAAAGCCCCUCCAUGCAAUCAUUCCUGUCCAGCUGACCCACACAGUGCACCAUGUAAAGUGUCACAGUGUAGUUCUGGUGAGUGGGUCACACUGAAUGUUGGUGGAACGUUAUUCUCUACAACCAGAAGUACUCUGACACAGCAACACCCUGACAGUAUGCUGUCUGCAAUGUUUUCUAAUAGUCCAGAAGAAUCUUGGUGUAGUUCAGUAGACGAGACUGGGGCUUACCUCAUUGACAGAAGUGCACGAUAUUUUGAACCAAUUUUGAAUUAUUUACGGCAUGGUCAGCUGAUAUUGGACAAACAUAUUAGUGCCGAAGGUGUGUUGGAGGAGGCUAAAUUCUUUGGCUUGACAUCUUUGAUAGAGACACUAGAGGCAACUAUUGAGAGUGAGCUGCCAGCAGAAGACCACACACCAAUAAAUCGUAGAGAGUUUGUGAUGAAGUUGUUAGUUACAUCCACAGAUAAAGAACUAAGAUGUCAGGGAAUGAAUUUUGCUGGAGCAAACCUCUCCAAAUUAGAUUUGAGAGGGAUUAAUUUCAAGUAUGCUAUACUGAAGAAUGCAAAUUUGAGUGGUGCAAAUUUGUCCUAUUGUAAUUUUGAGAGAUCUGAUUUGUCAAGGGCGGUGUUAGAUUCUGCAAAUCUACUAGGUGUUAAAAUGCUAUGUGCCAAUAUGGAAGGGACAUCAUUAAAGGGAUGUAACUUUGAGGAUCCAGCGGGAACCAGAGCAAAUAUGGAAGGUGCACUAAUGAAAAGUGUGAAUCUGGAGGGAAGCCACAUGGCAGGUGUAAAUUUAAGGGUGGCAAAUCUGAAGAAUGCAAAUCUACAAAACUGUGAUCUGAGGGGAGCAGUGCUAGCUGGAGCAGACCUUGAGAACUGUGAUUUGUCGGGCUGUGAUUUACAAGAGGCGAACCUGCGCGGUGCUAACCUGAAAGAUGCCGCAUUUGAGUUAAUGCUGAACCCGCUGCACAUGGCACAAGCGGUGAGAUGACUGAGGAGUUGUCUACAACUGGGUCAGGCCGAGAGAGCAAUCUAUAGUCUAUGGUCUUUCAACUACUGCGGAAUGAAAUGACUACCUAGUGUAUCGUUUAGUCCUCUUUUGUUAUACCCCUCCCUUGGUUCAUUCCUUCACCAUCAACACAUAGCUUUAUAUGAUGUAAUUUAUACAGGGUAUAUAUAUACUGUUAUAUAAACAAGGGCUGAAAAUUAACUCUUCAUUAUCCUAGGAACUACAUCUCCAAGUCAGGAGAUUUAGUUGCCCACUGAAUCAUAUAUAUCAUAUGAACCGAGUAACAACAUAACCAACGUAAUGCAUUUGUGACCAGCAUGGAUCCAGACCAGCCUGCACAUCCAUGCAGUCUGAUCAGGAUCCAUGCUGUUUGCUAUCAGUUUCUCUACUUGUUAUAGAGUUGGUAAGCGAACAGCAUGGAUCCUGAUCAGACUGCGCGGAUGCGCAGGCUGGUCUGGAUCCAUGCUGGUCGCAAACCCACUAUGUUGGUUUUGUCGUGACGCGGCUCAUAUAUGUAUUGCCCCUUACACUCUGGAUUUGUAUCUUCAAAGGGGCAAUACAACAAUAUGAUGUGACAAAGCUAUCCAGCUAGCUUACAGUUACAGUCGAGUGUCGGCUUGCAUAUGAUAAAAUAAUGCAAAAAAAAAAAGGGCAGUGAAUGUCUACCUCCACCAUUUAAGUAGAAUAGUUGGUUGCCAUAUGGCCUUUAUAAUGACAGUGUUCAUUAAAAUAAAAAAUCCCCAACCCCCAACUCACCCCUAUUUAUUUACUUUGUUUUACUUUAAUUUACUAAUUAUAAGUUUAUCUACUGAUUGCAAUUGUAUAUUUAAUGCUCUGUGUUUAUAUGUAUCAAUAAAAACCAUUUGAACAUUUCCAUAUAAUGUUUAUGUGAAAGAUCAUUCUCAAAAUAAUGUUUUAAAAAUUCCAAUACUUACGAGACAUUCCUAUGAACUGUAAUAUUGAAAGUUUUUGCUUUCCUUUUUAACAUGGUUCAAUUGCAAAAAAAAAAAUGCCUGUUUUCUAAAACUCGUGUUUAAAAUUCCCAUUUACUGUAUUUUUUCCUAAUUUGGCAAUAGAUGUAAAUUAUGUUUUCCCUAGAUUGAACCUAAUUUCACAACCCAGUAGGGCUACUGAAACCUUAACUUUUUCCAAAAAGGUUGACAAAAAAUUACAAACUGAUUAAAUUAGAUGUGUGAAUAGAAUAACUCAAGUUACUAUCCUAUUUUUCAUAAUUACAAUGCUACAUUCAUAAUUGUGUUUGCAGGAAUGAUAUAUAAAAAAGAUGUAUGAAAUUUAUUGAAGUUUGGAAUGAAUUUAUCAUGUGUGCAAUUACUUAUGAAAUUGUAUUAUUUCAACAAUUUUAUUAAAUUCAAAUUUUUUCAUGAAAAAUUCAGUUUGUUAAGAAACAUAGAUAUAUAUGUAUAUUACCCUUACCAUAGACUUUAAUCUCUAGGAUUGGAAACUCCUUGUUUCCAACUUGAUGAUGAAAAAAAACCCCCGGCUACAACAAGAAUUACCUCCCUUUACUGUAAACUGAAACUACUGAUCAUGUCAGGUGACUAGCUCGGAACAAGAUCAGCUGGCUCAUCCAUGCUGUCUGUUCAUGAUCUUAAACUGUGUACUAUUCAGUCAGUGCAUUUUUUGAAAUUUUCACCGGAAAUAAUGAAUCUUCUUUAAUCGUCCGAAUUGAAAUGUGAACAAUUUCAUUUAAUAUUUUAGUAUGGUAAGGGUUAAAAAUAUGUGUGUUUUUUUUUUUAAUUUUCAUAUGCAGUAAAUCAAAAGUGUAAUGUUUCUACAGACAUUGACUCUGUCCAUUUUCAAAAUUUGGAUGAAAGCAAUAUCCAUUUUUUGGAAAUAUUCAUCCCAUUUUUAUCAUUGAUGAAAAUGCAUUCUAUUUAUAUAUUGAUAUAUAUUUUGAGGUUUAUUGAUGUACAAUAAAUAAAUACAGAUAUUAUAAAGAGAAUAGAAUAAAGCAGCACACCUCCAGAUGCUUAUCAUAUGUCAUAGAGAAAUUAAA